AUGCACUAUACAGGCACUAUACAGUCACCAAACAGGCACCAUACAGGCACCAUACAGGCACCGUACAUACACCAUACAGGCACCGUACAGGCACCAUACAGGCACCAUACAGGCACCAUAGAGGCACCACACAUGCACCAUACAGACACCAUACAGACACCAUACAUGCACCAUACAGACACCAUACAGGCACCAUACAGGCACCAUACAGGCACCACACAUGCACCAUACAGACACCAUACAGACACAAUACAUGCACCAUACAGACACCAUACAGGCACCAUACAGGCACCAUACAGGCACCAUACAGGCACUGUACAGGCACUAUACUGGCACCAUACAGGCACCAUACAGGCACCGUACAGGCACUAUACAGGCACCAUACAGACACCAUACAGUCACUAUACAGACACCAUACAGGCACCAUACAGGCACCACACAGGCACCAUACAGGCACACUUAGUCCACCUUAUGCUCCCCUUACACUUCCUUGAUCUCAUGGCUAACCUCCUCACUUAG